ACAGAAAACAGUGAUUUCCUGAUGUUGCUCCGUAUCAUGGAUAGGGCUUGUUUCCACGAUGUCAGCCCUGCGUGUUGUGAGAGUUUCUGUCCGAGCUUGUACUUGUUGUGUCUAGGAAAGUCGCUCACGCAAUUUCAAGUGCGGAGCGAGCCCCUCGGCCUGCCUCGAGCAGUGCCCUGGCGGGAGUCCGAGAAUGGACUCCAUUUUCCUCGCCAGGUCCCAUCACGGACUACAUUUCCCAGAAACGUCCGCGAACUCAAGGCAGCCCCUUCUUUUGCCUGCGGGACCCUCGUUGUCCGGGGAAGGAAAAGUGCGCGCUCAGCCCCUCCAGAGGUACCCAGUGGAGAAAAGAGGAAUGGCUGUGGACCAAGCCAAACAUAAGAAAUCGAUGGUGUUCAGUGACGUGUCUCUGGACUUCUCUCAGGAGGAGUGGGAGUGCCUAGGCCCUGCUCAGAAGGACUUGUACAGAGAUGUGAUGUUGGAGAACUACAGUAACCUGCUUUCAGUGGGACUUCACAUUCCCAAGCCUCAGGUGAUCUCUUUAUUGGAACAAGGCAAAGAGCCCUGGAUGAUUGGCAAAGAGCUUACAAGAGGCCUGUGCUCAGCCCUGGAGUCAAUGUGUGAAAGCAAGUUAUUAUCUCUAAAGAAGGAAGUUUAUGAAAUAGAAUCAUGCCAGAGGGAGUUAAUGGGACUUAAAAAGCAUGGCCUUGAGUACUCCAGUUUUAGAGAUGUUCUGGAAUGUGGAAGCCAAUUUACAAGACAAUUGGGAUAUCAAAAUGGUCAUUUAAGUGAAGAAAUACUCAGUCCUGAAUACAUGCCCACAUUUGUUCAACAGACUUUCUUUACCCUACAUCAAAUUAUUAAUAAUGAUGAGAAACCCUAUGAAUGUAAGAAAUGUAGAAAAGUCUUUACUCAGAACUCACAAUUUAUUCAACAUCAAAGAAUUCAUAUUGGAGAAAAGUCUUAUGAAUGUAAGGAGUGUGGGAAAUUCUUCAGUUGUGGUUCACAUGUUACACGACAUCUGAAAAUUCAUACUGGGGAAAAACCCUUUGAAUGUAAAGACUGUGGGAAGGCCUUUAGUUGUAGCUCAUACCUUUCUCAGCAUCAGAGAAUACACACUGGUAAGAAACCUUAUGAAUGUAAGGAAUGUGGAAAAGCCUUUAGCUAUUGUUCAAAUCUUAUUGAUCAUCAGCGAAUUCACACUGGUGAAAAACCCUAUGCGUGCAAAGUGUGUGGGAAAGCUUUUACGAAGAGCUCACAACUUUUUCAACACGUGCGAGUUCAUACAGGUGAGAAACCUUAUGAAUGUAAGGAAUGUGGCAAAGCCUUUACUCAAAGCUCAAAACUUGUUCAGCAUCAGAGAACCCACACUGGUGAAAAACCCUAUGAGUGCAAGGAAUGUGGGAAGGCCUUUAGUAGUGGUUCAGCACUUACAAAUCAUCAGAGAAUCCACACUGGGGAGAAACCUUAUGAGUGCAAGGAAUGUGGGAAAUCCUUUACUCAGAGCUCACAACUUCGGCAACAUCAAAGAAUUCAUGCUGGUGAGAAACCAUUUGAAUGUCUUGAAUGUGGAAAGGCCUUUACUCAGAACUCACAGCUUUUUCAACAUCAGAGAGUCCACUCAGAUGAAAAACCAUAUGAAUGUAAUAAAUGUGGAAAGGCCUUUAAUAAAUGCUCAAACCUUACCCGACAUCUGAGAAUUCAUAGUGAUGACAAGCCUUAAGAAAUGUGGGAAGACAGUAAUGAUUCAGACCUUAUUCACCAUCAGGGAAUUCAUGCUCAUGAGUAAUAAAAAUUCAUAUUUGAGAGUUACUUUCUUUGACAUGGCCUGAUUAGGUAUUUAUAUUUUCAAUCCAAAUGAUUUUAACUGUAGAUUAUGAAUUCUAAGUCUACAUUUACUCUCUUCCCGCACACCAAUGCUAGUUGCUUAAUAGUUCUGUAUUUCUCCAUUGCUUGGCGAUUUGUUAUACUGUUGUUCAUAUUUUUGUAUUUUUUAGGACUGUCUUUUGUUUUCUAAACUGUUUUUUUGUGUCUGUGCUAAUAUCACAGUGUUUUAAUUGUGUAACCUUUAAUGACUUUAAGUUCCUUGCAGAAUUCCAAUGUUGUAUUUAAGGCAGUGUCAGUCUUUUUGCUAUGUUUCAUGAGCUUAUUUUUCUUUUUUAUUGUAAGUGAAAAAAAUGAGAAAACUAGAUAAUCCAAAGCUCAAACAUCAAAAUGAACUGCUAUAUUGAUUGUAGAUGACGAUUAUCAAAUUGGUAGAACUAAUUCUGCUGGACUUUGCUUUCUAAAGACAUGUAGUCAUGGUAUUGUGUUCUGCUUUUAUCAUGCUAAAAAAUCAUAAUGAUGGCUUUUCCAGCAAUACAAAGUUUAAUGACUUAAUAUCUUUUUUAAAUGACUAUUACUCAUGUUAUGGUUGCUUCUAAAUUUUUGCAUUUAUAAAAGUUGUCUCCAUUAAUAUGACCCCAAACUAAUAUUUAGAUGUUUGAUAUUUUGUUCCUUUUAGAACCAAAAACAUUUCUUUUAAUGCUGAAUUCUCCUUGUAUGCUAUUUUGUUCCUUUUCAUUAACCCUAAUCCUAAUGUCAUGCCCGAAAGGUAAUUACAGUUAGCAAAGUGUUAUUUUUCCAGAUUUUUCUUAUAUAUGUUAUUAGUAGUUGUUCCUUAUUUUAUAUAUGCAGUCAUGUGUAUGCAUUGGUUUGCUGUGAGAAUCCAAUGAAUCCAUCUAUUCCUAGAAUACAGUAUAGGUUUAAUAAAAGGUUUUUCUUGUCAUUA